AUGAACAACCCCCAACCCCGAAAAGCUAACCAGCUAGCUAGGCCAAUUGUAGGCAUUCUAUCAAACACGCACAGAGCUAAGAUGACCUUAGCCAUUCAUAGGAUGUACACACACGCACUAGUGAUCAAUGUCCCUGUCAGGAAAACAAAGCCCACCACACCUCUGGGAAACACCUCCAAUCAACAGUCAGUCUACUGUAUGGAGGGUGAAAAUGGUAAAAGUGGAUGUUGGGCAGGAAAAGAAGAAGAUAAGGGGAGGAAAUAUGGAAAUCUGAUCUGUAAUGAUUCUGAGUGGCAGCUCGGAGAUGGCUCGCCGGACGAACAGGAUCUCGCCGGAGAAGAAGGAUCAGACUGA